AAGACCAAAUCUCCCAUUUACAGUAAUAAUAAAUGAAAUACUAUGGCAAUUAAUUUAUUACAAUGUUUUUUAAUGUAUUGGAGAGAAAAUGAAUAGCACCGAUGGUUUCCCGACUCUCGAGCACGCAACGUACAACUGGUGUACCCGUACUUCGCUUCGGCAGUCUGCAGGCAGUACACUCUUGCGCCGCUAAUUUUAUGUGCCCCUCCUUGUGGGUACGCCACUGCAGCGCUUUGAAUGGAAAAAGAAAUCAAAGCGAUGCCCGUUGCCAUGGAGACGAAGUAACCACUGUUGCACGGGCAUAACCACCCUUGGGAGCUGAUUUUCGGCAAACGUCAUCCUGCGUAACAUAAGGAACAUUACUGUCAAGUUUCAAGUCUGUAGGAUAUAUACUAGAAAAAAAAGAGAGCAAUUUUUUUUUAAAUUUAAAUUCCCUGCAAAAUUUCUGCGCUGAUGAGGACUGCACUAACAAUGAAAUAGUCGUUGCCAUAGAUACGAAUGAAGCAUCAACAAUGCUACAGCCGUUGCCAUGGUGAUUUUCUACCAAUUCAUCACAACAUACACCUCUAAACCUCUAAAAUUAUUAGUGUUUCUCUACUAUAUUAUGCAUGUUUUAUACAUAUAAACCUUUCUCUUGAAUCAGUCUAUCUAUUAAAAAAACCCCAUCAAAAUUCGUUGCGUAGUUUUAAAGAUCUAAGCAUUCAUAAUGACAGUCAGACAGCGGGAAGCGACUUUGUUUUAUACUAUGUAAGAUAUAGAUUACAAGCGGAGUUAAUAAGGGAUGUUAAUUAACUGUAGGUAAAAUUUUAUAUGGAGUGAAAUCUUAAAUUCGCGACAAGGCAGAACCUAUGUCUCUACUAACACAAACUCCGCUAUUUCUUAUCUUCUCCAACACUUAACCCUGAUUUAUAUUGUGUAAUUUUUUUCUUUUGUAAAUAUUUAACCUCUACCCGUAUUGAACAACAACCUGAAUUAAAUGAGUUAAUUAUAUUAUUAAUUAAUUAAAUUUAAUAGUUUUGCUUCCUGUGUCGACCGACAACCUGAAUUUAAUGACAAAAUCUACUUAAACGCGAGCGAAGCCGUGGGAUAAAGCUAGGAAGUAAUAAAUGUGAUGGAUAUUAUUUUUAUUAUAUUUUAAGAAAUGAAUGUAUUAUGUAUCAUUUAUUCAUUUCUUGUUCUACAAACUGCUGAAAAUGUUUUAUAAACACACAUGUACAUACAAACACACACAUAUUAGGUGUGUAUAUAUGUGUGUGUGUGUAUAUAUAUAUAUAUAUAUAUAUAUAUAUUCUUUCCUUGCGCGCUUGCAGUUGUUAAGCUAAUAUUACACUAUGCUUUUCUGACGCUACGGCUAAAACUUACACUGAAUAUAUAUUACUUUUGACACGAGUAACUAAGAAAUUUACUUUAUCUUAAGUGAAGUAUAAACAUACUGACUACUUGUAAAACAUAUAUUUUAUAAACUUAGUUGUAUAAUUCUUUAUUUUUUUAAUUUUUAAACCAGAUUUUUUUAACGAAAAGGUGCGGGACUAAGUAGUAUGGUUGGAUCAGAUUUAGCAUGUUUUCUUUAACCCUUUCCCGGGUAGUGGGAAGUAUACUUCCCACAGAGUUAGUUUUUUUUAAGGGCCGCGGUAAAUUAUUUUACCACCUCAGACUUAGUCUGCCAUCUGUCGGUUACUUCAGUAAACUAUAAAUAAACAGUUGGUAACUCUUGAAAACAAAUGACAGGCACUGGGAACGAAGGAGAAGGCGCCAAAAGCUGCACUAAAUACAAUUUUACUACUUUAUUGACAUUGUGUGAUCGUAAAAGUAAGUUAUGAUUUGAGUGAAAUUCAGAAGCACCAAAAAUGAAUGUUACAUGUUAUGGUAAGUGAAAUAAUGCUUUGAGUUUAUUUUAUCAUGUAAUUGGAGUAAUAAUUUUUUCCUAACCUCACAUUUUUGUUUUUACUUGCAGAAAAAUGUCCAGCAAAAAAGUGAAGUUGCGCUAAGAAAAAUAGUUUGCAACUUUUAGCCCCCAAUUUUACAAUUAUUGACAAUGAAUGAAGAAAAUAGUAACAGAAAGUUUCAUUGAGUCCAUAUUGACACUUUUUACGACAUUGUGUGAUCAUAAAAGUAUUGUUGGAUUCAAGUGAAUUUCAGAAGCACUAAAUAUGAAUGUAAUUUUGUUCUGAAAAAGAUGUCCAGCAAUAUUUCAGUGAACUACAAAAGACAGUAAUUUCACAUUUUUGUCUUCCUGCAGCAAAAAUGCCCAGAAAACAUCAGAGAAUUUCCACCGAGGAAGCCCUUGAGUUAUAUUUUGCACUUCCAAGUGACACUGAUGAUUCCGACAGAGAUCCGGACGAAGGAGCAGAAGAAGAAUUUUGUUUGAUCGAGAAUCAGGAGAGUAGUUUUUGGACGUCUGAUCUGCAGCCAGGCACCAGUACAGAACCAAGUAGUGUGCACAUUGUAGAUCAAGUGAGUGAUAGGCUUGGCAGAUCUAUUACACAAUGUAGCACCAGUAGGGCACCCAGUAAUUCAUGUAGGGAAAAUGUGGAAUCUAGAAAUGAUGAUAGGGAUAGCAGUGACACUGAAGUUGAGCAGAUGGAUGAGGACUGGUCUCAGGAUGCUAGUCAGUUUGAUUCGCUAGCUGUCAAUAUGGAUGUUGAUGGAGAAGUCACUCCUAUACUAACUCGAACAAGUACAGAGAAAGACUUUUUCAUGCAAAUAUUCAGUAAGAAAAUCACAGAAGACAUUGUUGAACAAACCAAUUUGUAUGCAACACAAGUGAAAAUGAAACGGAGGAGCGGCAGUGAUAUUAGUGAAACAACAAGCAACUGGGACAAAACAUAUGUAGAAGAAGUCCAAGCGUGGAUUGGAAUGAACAUUCUGAUGGGUUUGAUAAUACUGCCACAAGUUGAUCAGUAUUGUAGUUCUGAUCCUGCACUCGGCCAACCUACGAUAUCGCAAGUAAUGACAUGUAAACGUUUCAAGAAGAUAACUGAAACAAUUCACAUCAAUGAUAAUCAGACCAUCCUUCCAAGGGAUCAUCCAAAUAAUGAUAAACUUCACAAAGUUAGGCCUCUUAUCACAAACCUCAAUAAUACUAUUGCUGAGGCAUACACUGCAUCUAGUGUGUUGGCUGUUGAUGAGAGUAUGAUACCUUUCAAGGGGCGCUCAUCACUCAAACAAUACAUGCCCAUGAAACCUGUGAAGAGGGGCUACAAGGUGUGGUGUCUAGCCGAUUCUAGAAAUGGGUAUGUAUUGAAAUUUGAAAUAUACACUGGCAAGUCUACAAAUGGAAGGAUGGCUGAUACACUUGGUGAAAGGGUAGUACUCAGUCUAACGAGAGAUCUAAAAGGAAAAGGAUGUGUCGUGGCAUUUGACAACUUCUUCACCACUGUAAAUCUGAUGAAAGCACUUCGGAAGGAUAACAUUUAUGCCAUUGGCACUGUAAGAACAAACCGAAAAGGACUUCCUGCAAUGUUGAAAGAGAAAGUGCCACUGAAGAGAGGAGAGUUUCAGUUCCAGUGCAAAGAAGGUGUUGCAGCCAUCAAAUGGAUGGACAGGAAACCAGUAACCAUUCUCACAACCUCAAACAACCCUAUGUGCACCACGACAGUCUCAAGGAAGAACAAGGAUGGGACAAGUUGUCAUGUGAGCUGCCCAACUGGUAUUGCUACAUACAAUGAGAUCAUGGGAGGCAUUGAUCACUUCGAUCAACUGCGGGAACGUUAUGCAAUAGGUCGACGUUCCCGUAAAUGGUGGCACAGAAUCAUGUAUUACCUCAUUGACUUAGCAAUCGUUAAUGCAUUCAUCUUGUGGAAGAUCAGCAGAAGAGAAUGGGCAUCUCAUGACCAGCUUAGUUUUCGGCUACGACUAGCAAGACAGUUGAUAGCUAAUUUCUCAAACAGAAAACGAAAAGGAAGACCUGUCAGCUUCCUGAGCAACAAAGAGAUGGUUCCAAAAGAGGUGAGGUUGACCAAAGUAGGUGACCACAUGCCUAUUUUGGAAAAAACAUACAGAAGGUGCCGUCUCUGCUCAACGAAAGUGCAUGACAAGAGAACUAGGUAUAUCUGCAAAACAUGCAAUGUUCCAUUGUGUAUUGAACCAUGUUUCAGGAAGUUUCAUGGAAAAUAAAAUGUGUUUGACAUCUCAGGGGGUCAUUGUGUAACUAUGGAAGAAAAUAGCUUUUCAUGGAGGAUGUAAGUUUGAAGGACUAGUGAAAGACAAAGAAGUGAUGUUACAUAUUUUUUGUUACUGCUGCGGGCCAUGGGAAGUAUACUUCCCACCAUUAGAAAUUAGACAAAAUGUAAAGAAAAUAUUUUAUGCCUGAUAUUGAUGUAUUUUAGUUGUAUAAUAUAAACUAAAUCCAAAAUUUAGUUUUUGUACCAUUGCUAGAAAUAAAUGGCCUGUUAAAGGGUUAAAGAAGCAGUACAAAUAACUGAUAUCAAAAUGAAUGUAAAAUUCGAACAAUUUCUUAUAUUUAGUUUUUUAAUUCAACUUUAUUUAAUUAUUGCUGUAGAAAUGUGGUAAUAAUAACAGAUGGACUGGGUUAACAUUCAAAAGUGAUGUUAACUUGUGAGAAUUAUAAUAUAUCAUAUUUCAAAAGCUCGUGUGCGCCACGUUCGGGUGCAACCAUGCAGUAAUGAAAUAGUAAGUGAAUCAAUGAAUUGUUUUAACACAUUAAAUAGUCAUUAUUGAUUAUACACAAAAAUAUCACCAAGAAUGUAUUGAAAUACAAAUUAUUUUAUUCCGAACUUAAAUCGAAACUGAAAUGUUAACACCACACACAAUUGUACAAAAACAAACAUAUUAAAAAUGUAAAUCUACUUAAUAUUUGUUGUAAAGCCAAUUUAAUUAAAACGCAAAGGUUUGAACCGAGUAGGAAUUUUUGAAAAAUGAAAACUUUUUGGCAGUUUCUAAAUAGCAAUGUGUGCAAUACACCAAGGGUCUUUCACGACUGCAGCGAAGAAAGCAUCGACAAUGCAAUAGCUGCGUUCAUUAGGAAUAACACGGAAUAGAGACUAUAGAGAAUCUGUAAAAUUAAAAGUUAUGCUACAAAAUAAGUAUGCUGUUGAAAAGAACAAAACCUUUUAAAUGUUUUGUAAGGAAUUUCCGAAUAGAAAAAAAGUUCAUAAUGAAGAAAAAAAUACUAACAUAAUAUAAAGUAAACUUAAUAUAUGCAGAAGAGGCAUGUGAGGGGAGUAUGUUUAAAAUAUAGUUUUACAAUUUAUGAAACACGGGAUUUGUCGCGGUGUUGAGGUGUUGGUGUAUAUAAUGGCGUAAAUAUCGUUUAACAUGAAAUAAAGGAAACUUUAUUAAAUUCUGAUAAUAUUUAUUUCAAGGGAAAAUUGACCCCCUUUCCUUUCCUCUCUUCCAGAAGAAUCUAUGUAACAAAUUAACGUCUCCGAGCAACGCGAAAGACAGACAGAAAAACACUAAUUUAUUAUUGUAAUAGACAGAAUUUAUAAAAAAAUGCAUAGCAGAAAGGGUUUAAAAUAUAUGCAUUGCUCUUAAAAGUAGAGAAAUUUUAAAAUAUAUUUAUUGUAAAGUUAGUUAGCAAAACGUAGUUAGGUACACACUGAUGGCUAGCGUCUCCCUUCUGAGCUCCGUGUGCGUGGCUGACAGCAAAUAAAGACGAGACUACAAUCGCAUUACUUAAUAAGGUACAUGUAAAUGAAAGACUGUAACGCUAUAGGCGUAGCUUGACAGGAGCAAGGCACUGAGACUAGGGAUUGCAAUACAGCUAAGUGGAAUCCCGCAAUCCCGCGGGAUCCAGCAUCAUCUGAAGGCCUGGGGGAUCCCGCACUGACUUGUGGAUCCACAUUGUGAAUUUGUUGACAAAUCGCGCAAAAUUCAGUCAAAUUUGCCGCUCUUUGAAUCACUUAGCUCGACGUUGCCGCUCCGUCGCUCUACAUCUCGCAUGCACUCGGACAUAGCCGCGCCACCGCGCCGCCGUCUCACUCGCCAGUUGGCAUCUGACUCCCGCAAAAAACAUGGGUGGUUUCGCGAACAACCCGUCGUCGUGUUAGUAAAGUAUAUUUUUGUUUACGUUCAUUUAAAUAAUUUCUGCCUUUAUCUUGAUUCAAGAUAUUGUGGUAACUUUAUAGAGCAAUUUUAUUAGCUAUUCACGUAAGGUGUAUUACAUUAAUUCAUAAAUACGUCUGAUAUGUUCUCAAUUUUUGAAAAUCAGUCAACGUUAUAUCACUGGCUUAAGAACCCACUUAAAAACAAAGCGAUGCUUAGAAAUAGGUCAGUUACGUACAUUUAUAAAUACAGAUACCUAAGCAUCCACGUUAAAAAAUGAAGAUAUUGAAGAAGAAUUACUCAAAAAGAAAAGUAAAACCAUCAGACGGAUAUUUGAUAAAAGAGAUUCGAUUUGACUUCUUACUACAAUAUUAAAACAUAAACACAAUUUAUUAAUACAAAUGUUUUCUGAACAAAAUAUUACCGCAAACUGUUAUUUUCAAAUCCUUGUUUUCGCCAAACGAAAACUAAGCACAGAGUGACUCACAAAAUUUAAAGUUAUUUGCCCGCGAAGUAAAUUAAAUCGGAGGCUUCGAACGAGAAAGUUAAAAUCACGUCAAGAGAAAGAGGAAUUAAUUUCUUACAUAUGUAAGGUUUAAUUCAAAACAAUAAAAGAAUAACUAAACCUACUGUAUUUGUAAACAUUAAGUGGUACUCACCCGUCAUGACGAAUAAAACAAGUGUGAAAUGGACGGCGUGUGCAUUUUACGCCUUUAAAUAUAACAAAAUGCACGCACUUUUGUAUGUUGUAAGUGAAUUCAAUUAUAUGUAAAAAUAAGGCGUUUGCAAAUUAUUGAUUUGUAUAAACAAAAAUAUGCGUCUUCUUGGUUAGAACUUUUGCAAUUUUUUUUUAAUGAUGUUACAUUACAUGGCACUUGUGUUGCCUUCUUUAAGCAACGACUAAAUCUGAUUUUUUUGUUAAAUGUAUAUUUCUGUAUUCACUUAAAUAUAGGAUAAGAAAACAAUGAGGUUAAAAAUUUUUUUGCUACCUUGUAAUAUUUUAAAUGACUCUUUAUGUAUAUACCAUACGUUGCCAAACAUUUCUAAAAAUAAUAAUUGCAUUAAAAGUUAUGAAAGAAUUUCAUAAUUUGAGAAUAAUUGUCAUUAUUUUUUUUAAUUGUAUGAAGAUUUACCAGCAUUCUGUAUAUUUUUAUGACAUGUUCAGUGAGAUUGAAAAGUUAAAGAAUAGAAGGAGUAUUUGAACAUAAAGACUUCCUGCCUGCUGCGGAGGAGAUCAGUCACCUACCUAAUGGGCUUGGAAGUGUAAAGACAGCGGUGGAUUUUUUGUUGUCUUCCUGAGGUUCAAAUACCGUAAUUGAAUUAAUUAACACUAAUAAUUGUUUUUUUUCAUGUGACUGGUUUCAAAUACGUCUUUAUAUAAGUUAUAUUUAUAAAUAGUUGUCUGAAGAAAAGAGAAUGAAAAAAGAAUUCAUAAUUUUUGUAAUUUAUUAAAAUUUUUCUUUUUAUUUGAAUAUUUCAGUUUCUUGGUAAAAUUGGAAUCUAGGAUUCAAAUUUCACUCGAAGCAUCAAAUUCUACCUGAGUUAUGGAACUUUAUAAGGUCUGUUAUUUUUCUGUCAAAGUAAUACGUCAAAGUCGGGUAGAACCCAACUUCAACAACAAUAACAACUCUUAAUUAUGUUUUCGACUCGCCAGACCUUACUACUUGCUAGAAUUUAGAAAUUUCUUAGUCCAUGAAAAUAUUAUGUUAAUUUGUUCUCUUUUAAUGUUAAAAUAUUCAAGUUAAUCAACAUGAAAAUAUCUGUUAAAAUGCUACUUUCCUUAUUCAUUUAAUUUAAAGGAAUUUUUUAACUGGUAAAAAUAACGACAAAAUGUUUGUGACUGCAGAAGUUACACUAAUUAUUUUGGCAACGAAAGCCAAGUACACUUAAAAAAAUACAGCAGUAUGAAUCAGUCCACCGAGAAAUAUCUUCAGGCAUUAUUUGGAUGAUUAGGAAAAAAAAAACUUAAACUUGUUUUCAGGCUCAUUUUUCAUAUAAAAUUUAAAACAAAGUUUUUAAUUUUUGAUGAGUCUAGAGAAAUCAUUUUAAAAUAAAAUUCUGAAGUAGGUGCUUAUUAAGCGUUAACACAAAUAAAUUAUGGAUAGUAAAAGUAAGCUCAGGAACAGUAUAAUUCAGGGUAUGAAAAAAUCCUGAUUUUUUUUAAAAAAUCAAAAAAAUCAGAUUUUUUUGAUUAAAAUCGGGUUUUUUUGAUUAAAAUCAGAUUUUUUUUAUUAAAAUUUAAAAAAUUGUAAUCUGUGUAAUAUACAGUACAUUUUCAUGACUGUUUUCAUGACUUGACUUUGCUCUACAGUACAAUUAAUAACAGAUUAAUUCAUUUUGUAAAGACAACUAGCAUAAUUUUCUUUCUUUGAAAUAACCACAUUUUACAUUGCAUAAUGUUUUAAGGAAACAUUAAUGAUGUCACUUUAUGAAAAUUUUUAGUACAGUAACAUAGUUAACAUUAGUAAAAAAAACAUGUCUUAUAGAAAAUAACUACAUCAUUGAAAAUAUAUAAUAUUUUAAUGUAACUUUGUCACUUCUGUCAUCGCUUAUAGUCUUAUAGUACAAUUGUUCUAAAUAAAGUAAUUUAAAUCAAAACCACAAUUUCCUUUUGUUCUUCUCAGAAUUGCACACAUUCGAGAGUAUUCAAAGUAAUACUUCUACAUAAAAUAUUACUUAUUAAAAAUUUUAAACAAAAAUACAAGUUUUGCAGCUUUUUCUGUACCCAUUCGAUUUCUUAAUGUUGACUGAACCAAACCAGACAUACCAAAGAACUGAAAAUUUCCUUCCUACAGUUCUAAAAUUAGCAUUUGACAUUGUUGGAAGACAAACCUGUUGCCAAAGAGAUAUGACUGACACACACACACAACACAAACACAUGAGGUAGAGGAGAGAAGAGAGAAAAUGAGAUGGCAUUUAAAGUUACAUUCCACCCACCUAUAUUUAAUGUGUUUCAAAAUAACCAUAAAUACAUUGUAGAAGAAAUUAAGUACUAUUCAAUUUUCAUUCUAUCUUUGCAGCAAUCAAUUUUUAUGUAAGUAGGCAUGAUUACUUGGUUUAAACAAUACAGUAUAGGAAAUAUUAACGUUCAUAUUAUCAUAUUAUAAAUUUAUUUUAUUCACUGAUUUUAAAAAAAAUCACAUGAUUUAAAUCAUGAGAUUUAAAAAAAAAUCACAUGAUUUAAAUUAUGAUUAAAAUCACGAUUUAAAUCAUGCUGAUUAAAAUCAACAUACCCUGGUAUAAUUAAUGUAUAGUUAUAAAAUUAGUUAUUAAAAUAACGACUCUCUUAAACAAUUAAGGUUAUUGGGUUAAAAUAAGAUAGGAUGGCUGGUCGCUACAGCAGUAUCAAAUAUAAUUUCGAAACACAACUCGUAAACUUUGUACGUGUUUUUGUCAUUGUUUUCUUGAUAAUUCAAUACACGAUCAAACUCUAUUCGACAAUCCGUUUGAAGUGUACAAAACUAUGUCGCUAAGAUUUUUUUCUCAUUUCCAUUGGCUUUCAACACAAACUGUAGAUGAUUUACUUACAAAUAACAAAUGGUUUUGAAGUAAUAUCUUGUAACGUGUUAUGAAAUCAUUGAACUAUCAAGUAUAUAAUUUAAUUUGCAUGAUUAUAAAGCCCUGCAGUAAAUAAUAAAAUUUACAUAUACAAGAAAAAGCAUAUGAAAUAUGUUGAUUUCAAACUUUUGUCAAAAGAUAGACCCGUAAGUCUGCUAAGUGUGUAUUUAUUAGACCAAUUUUUAAACUAAAAUAAUACUAUUGAACUGUGAAUUGCACAUAAAGAAAACUAAAAAAAAAAAAAUGUUUCACUGUGAAUUUAUUGGCUAACUUUCUGUGUUGUAUGGGAUGAUUAUGCAUUUUCUAUAAGACGUCGACUAGGCGUAGUCAUUAAUGCAUUUUAUUACACGAAAUACUUCAGCGAACAACCAUAUUAUUGAACAUUGGACUGUGGAUUAAUUUUUCCGUUUCACAAAUGACCAAUAAAGCGGAGCUUUAUCAAUUAAACGAAAUAACAAAUAAAUUAAAAAUAUUUGUUUUAAUUACGCAGUUUAAAAACACGAAGAGUUAAUUUGGUGUUCACUAUUACAAAGUAUAAACCAAUCGUAUUGUUCCCAGUUUUAAAACCAUGCAAUCAAAACUACCCAUAAAAUUUAGGCAUUACUAGCUAAUUUAAAUGGCAGUUAUUUCCAUUAUAUUGGUAAUUGGAUGCUAACUUUUUUUUAAAAUUCAGUUGAAGUAAUUUUUUGUUUGACUGCACUUCAAAUAAUUAAGGCUAUUUUUUUAUAUCAUAGUUCAACUUUGUGUUUCAAUUGGAGAUAAUCUCAUUUUUUACUAUUCUACAAUUAAUAAUACAUAAAAUUUAUUUCUCACAUAUGUUCUUGGUUAAAUGUACGUACGCACUGUGUGGAAAUGCCAUAGUUAAUAAAAAAAUUUAUAAAAAUGUAUUUAAAGUAACCAAUAGAAAGCACUCGUGGUAAAGAUGGUUAGGUAUUCAUCUCCAUCUAGAGGGCAAAGUGAGAACUAUGUAGGGACUGCAUGUAAGACAGUAUGAAAACGUUCGCCACAAACACACGACCGAAUGUUAACAAUUCAAGAUCCAAACAACUUAGAAACGUCAUAACGUAGAAAAUCAUAACUUAGAACUAUCAUAACUUAGAAACACACAACUUAGAAACACACAACUUAGAAACACACAACUUAGAAACACACAACUUAGAAACACACAACUUAGAAACACACAACUUAGAAACACACAACUUAGAACUGUCAUAACUUAGAAACACGUAACUUAGAACUGUCAUAACUUAGAAACAUGUAACUUAGAACGGUCAUAACAUAGAAACAUGUAACUUAGAAACACGUAACUUAGAAACACACAACACAGAAACACGUAACUUAGAAACACACAACACAGAAACACGUAACUUAGAAACACACAACGCAGAAACACACAACGCAGAAACACACAACGCAGAAACACACAACGCAGAAACACACAACGCAGAAACACACAACGCAGAAACACACAACGCA